AUGGAAUCUAAGACUCUCUCCCCAGGUCGAAUGGUUCAAAACAAGACAUCUUCCUACACCCUGGAGUCACUACACCCUGAUGUUCUCGUGCUUCUUUUAUCGGCCGUGACGUCUCUCGACGAUCUCAGCGCGUGUAUUCACGCUUCUCCUGUCUUAUAUCGGGUCUUUCUCCUAUACAAAACGUCAAUCCUUGUCCGAGUCAGCUAUGGAACCCUUGGGCCCGCUAUCCGAGAUUUACUCAUUCUAGUACGAACCGAGGCGCAGCCAAUCUCUUCCCUGGAAAGCAAAGUUCGUAACCACAUGAUAGAAGAAACGGUGAUCAGUUGGAAGAAGGAACUUUCAAUGGGGGAAAAUCAUUUUCCGACGGGGAUCACCGAGGCCGAAGCCGUACACCUGGCGCGAGUGAAUAGGACGGUUCAGUAUUUUGUCGAACUCUACGCUUCGAUUAGACUUGCCUACUUUGAACGGGAGCUCGGUCUAUCAGCCGGCGGCUGGAGCCUGGGUAUAAGGGAGAGAUAUUACUUAUCGCAGGCUUUUAUCCGUUGCCAAGUUUUGCGCAACCUGUAUGGCCCGCCUGGUCGGCCUCUUUUUGAUGAGCGACUUCUCAUCACCCGCGUCUGGACACUUUUCGAAUCUUGGGAGAUGGAACAGAUAUCGCAAGCCGAUAGCUUCAGCUACGGUCUAUGCAGAGCUUUGGUGUACUGCGAAAAGACGGAGGAGGGAGUUCCGCCGACUCCUGAAUACUGGCAAGCCGCACGUCGCGCACUGCGCGAGGUUGCACCGGGCGGAGGUGCCGUCCAGGAGUAUGCUACCCCGAGGUCGCGGUACUACAAGGACUACUACCCGAAUAUGCAUUCACUACGACGUAGGAUACACGAGUCCACAGCCUCCGACCCGGCCCUCAUGGAUCGAAUUCUGCAAUGGCGCGAUGUAGCCAAUGGCAAGCUCACACGAACGCCCUACAAGUUCCUUCACUAUAGUCAGCAAUUGCAGGCCGGGACGUCGACUCGCCCGCUCGAUUUCCCUUCUGUCCCACGCAACCUUACUACGCCAGUGUCGGCUGAUCCUCCAUGGGGAUGGGUGGAUGCCAUGGCUGGGCGCGGUGCAGAUCGAUGGGGAAGAGACUUGCUUCCCCAGCCACCAAACGGGACCAAGGCUGAUGUCUGGCAAGCCACGGAAAGAAUCUUCGAGGAAUGGAGAUGGGCUGGCUUUGUAUUUUGGGAAAAGGACCGUGCCGAGACCUUGAAGACGAAGGGCUUGCUGGGCGAGAAAAUAGCUACCGGCUGGCUGAUAGCACCGUGGGAAUAA